UUUAUUUCCAUGUAACUUAGCAACACAAUAAACCAGCAUCAGACGAAUAAACAAAUACAUAUAUAUAUAUAUUUAUGCGCAACUAUUUAUGUAUCUGACACAUCUGCUUUCCAAAUACUUUCCAUCCCGGAUUUUAGUAACACUAAAAUAAGUCUUAACCAACUUCAAAGGAUAAAGAUUAACCUCUGUACUCAUAUAUUAUGAUAGAUCAAGAAAGACUCAUGACGUUUACUGUCAUUCUUAUAUUAGUCAUAUUUGUUGGACAAAGUGGAGCCCAGCUGAACUGUUACGUUUGCUCUAAAUGUUCGGAUCCAUUCACCUCCUAUGCGAUGGGAGUAUCCCUUAGUUCUCAGUGUCGUUUUUGUAAGACUGUGUUCACAUAUGAUGAAAGAAUGGUGAAGUUUCAUAUCGAAAAGAUGUGCGGUCAAGUGAAUGAAACUUGUAUGCAUAGAUUUGAUGCUUGGCAGAAUGAGACAAUGGAAGAAGACUGUUGUUCAACAGAUUUGUGCAAUUCUUCUCACACACUAUCCAAUUCACUAUCACUUCAACUUUUUUCAAUUUUCAUUACAUGUUUAUCUAUUUUUACCAUUAAAUUAGUAAUCUGAUUAUAAUAUAACACUUAAUAACAAUAACAACAAUAAUAAUAAUAACAGUGAAUGGACGCUUUCACUAAAAAUAGAAGCAGGAUUUCUUGUUAUGAGAAGUGUUAUUUUUUGUUUUCUUUUAGUGAAACUUUUACUCUUAUAUAUGCUUUUACUAUUAUUAUUAUUAUUGUUAUUACUACUAUUAUUCACUUCAUCAUUUGCAAAUAUGUAAUCUCAUAUCGAUUUUUUUUUAUUGUUUUAGUUCAUCAGUGUAUCCAAUUGCUUAAUAUUAAUUUCGGAAAACAAAUG